AAAGCUAGAUCACACUUUGGACAAACUCCACCUCAUAAUUUGGAACCACAAGCAUAACCCGUGCAAGGGAAUUCCACCCCACAUGUUACUGGCCUCAAAGAUUUGAACUGAAGGGGAGCUGCACACAGUCUCAACAGAGCUGCAGCAGAACUUAAAAACCCAAGAGUACUAAAGUAAUAUCCAGUUUUGCUCGUAAGUAAUCAGCAGGGAUGUUGUUACUGGGGAGUUUAAAAGCAAUGAAGAGGAAGCAGCUUUUCUGGACAGUGUUCUACGUUCUGAGCUUAAUGGACAAUAAAGUUUCUGGUGAAAAGAACCACAGCUCAGCAGCCACUACGUCACCUUCAGUGAUGAAUGCUACUACCACCAGUGUAACACCAGCAAUGACAACUGUCACUCUCGCAGAAACGAUGGUCUCCUUGGAGCCUAAAAAUAUGUCACCAACACCAGAAGGAAAAGCAAGUACUACUGAAAUGAGCAAAGUGACUGAAGACGUCAGCCCUGUAACUUACACAGGACCCACCCAAACACACACGGAUGUGUCAGACCAGUCAGUGUUAGUGAAAACAUCUCCCGAUUUGCAGAUGAACACAUCACAUGCACUUUUCAGCACGACAGCACAAGCCACAACUUUGGAAAUGGUUUCAACAGCCACUACUACUGUCCUCACAGAGCAAACUUCCCACCCAGCUAUCACAGGACCCCUGCCUAGUAGCUCCAUGGAGCCCUACUACAACUUUACUUGCAAGAAUAUUAAACAUGUGAAGAAUCCCAGAGUGAUCUGCUUGCAUCUCAGUGAGCCCGACACAUGUAAUAAUUUUCUAAAGACAAAGGGAGCAAAUUUAAGUAUGGUGAUUUGUGACACAACCCCAUCCUACAAUCGCUUCUCUUCUCCCCGAUGCGCCAUUGAAUUCGCCAAAUCUGAGGUGGAUCCCUCCUGCAUUCUGCUCAUUCAGGCUGGCAUUAAAGAUGCAGAUGCAAUAGAAAAGGUCCUCCAAGAUCGGAACUCUGAUCUAAUUAAGAUUGGAAUAAAAUCCCAUAAACUGGAGAGUAUUGGACGCCACCAGAACAUUCCCCGGAACACGCUGAUUGCCUUGGUCACAUCUGGUCUCUUGCUGGCGUUUCUGAGUUUGGCUGGAUACUUCCUUAUGAAACGACGGAGUUGGAGCCCCAGGGGAGAGAGGCUGGAUGAAGAUCUCUAUUACACUGAAAACGGUAGCCAGGGAAAUGCAGGGAUCACCGUGGCCUCCCAAGAGCAGUCCGAGCGGCAGGAGAAGCCAAAUCUCAACAGAGGGGCUCAGAAGAAUGGGACUGGACAGGCAUCCUCAAAAAAUGGACAUUCAGCCAGGCAGCACAUUGUUGCUGACACUGAACUGUGAAAUGUGCCAGGGUGACUGCCUUAUGAUCAUGAUUUGAAGGGGGCUGGGGGAGAAGAGACAGGAGCAGGGGGUAAGGGAGAGAUUAUCCCUUGGAUGGUUGGGAAAAUUUAAUCCUUUUUUAGCUGAAGAACUCCAAAGUCCCACUCUAAAGCACACUAAACCCCAGAGCUAAGGUAGCACAGUGCUGUAGAGUGUUGACCUAUCCUAGCAAGGAGCCUCUAGGGGUUAAUACAGGGCUAGGGUUAUGGGCUAGGGUUCUUUGCUCUUCCUUUAGCAGAAGAGAAUGGGAUGUGAUCAGCAGUCAAAUCAUCCAAGCAAGAGAUGGGGAAGAUAUUUGGAAAUUCAGAGCUAUGUCCGCUUUGUAAGAAAUUGGCUUGAUACUGAUUUUACUUGGAAGGGAAGGGAGCAGGGAGGUGGUUUAAUCCUUCAUGAGUCUAUGGAGCAUUUUACUGCCUCUUGUUAGAGACACAUGCCAUUAACCUAGCUUCCAGGCCUCCCAGUGGAGAAUCAGGGGCUCUCUGCGUGAGAGAUACUUCCAAAAAGUGGGGAAAUGGCCUCCCUUUACCAUCCUCUGAACUACAAAAUUGAAUAUCCCAAAACUGCAGGUCCUACCCAUUUACCACUACUCUGGUUCUGUGCUCUCAUUGUUAUAUGUAAAAAAUAAGAAGUAUCUUAGAGCAACUGAAUUGCUUCUAAUGAGAUAUGGGCUUAAGCCAGAAAAUCCUGGAUCCGGAUUACAUACAACUCAAAUUCCAGCAGGGACUUGGACCCAUUACAAUAUAGGGAUCUGGAUUCUGACUACCAUCACCUCCAAAGUUGUAAUGUCUUUUGCUGUGAUAGUUUGGUUUAGCCUCAUCUUUGUAUUUAAGUGUAGCCUUUUCCUCUCUCAGCAACAUUAGUAAGUUAAUGCCCCUUCUUGUGCUUUAUAUCCUCUCAAUGUUUAAUGCUCUUGUGGAACUUGUAUGUAAAGCUUUCCAGGUGGAGUCUGGUAUUGAGAUGCGAAUAGACUUGGAGUUGAAUUACUGUCUCUCUCUUCCCCCCCACCAGUAUAUGUGUAGUUGUUUUGUAGUGAAUCCUCUGGUUUCUGGCUCCCAAAGACUGGAGGCACUAGUUAAAGGUGAAGGUAGGUGUGUGUGUGUGUGUGUGUGUGUGUGUGUGUGUGUACACAAGAGCAUAUGACACUGUUUUAGACAACUCACCCCACUUUGAGUGCUUGCAACAGUACUGUCAAGCCAUGUGGAAGGAGCUGGCAUUGUUACCCACCAUGAGGCCUUGGAAAUAUGUAGAUACCAAAGCAUUCCUAAAAGAAUCCAAAAAAUUGUCAUACAGGAAAGAAACCUCAGUCCUGCUAACAGAUGUUUGGCCUUCCCUAGUAAUAGGGUGUGUAUAUUGACUCUUAAAAACAAAGAAAAGGCCAAUCAGCAACACUGAAGUUUUUUGAGUUUGAGAUUGUUCUCUUGGAAAAAGUUGUUUAAGCCAAGCCCAUUCUGUGUGGGUCAGGAGUCACACAUCAUUCAUUAAAGGGUGAAGUCCAACAGACCUACUUAUGUCCAGAUUCACUUUGUAGGAUGGAGCAGUCUCCUUGAAUAUUUGCUGCCUGUAGCCUUUGUGAUUCCUGAUCUCCUGACUGGACAGGCCACAGUUUGGCUACCUGCAGGUGGAGGUCUCUAUCAGUGGGACCAGUAUUAUUAUAGCUGCUACAGCCCUGCCCUGGGCACAGCCUUUCGGGAUUGGAGAGCAGAUAUGUGUAAAGGGAAAAGAAAUUAAAUUGAGGAAAGGGGACUGGCUGGCUCAGUGGCUUUCAUCUCUAUGUCACGGAUUCCAAUGAAGACCAGGCUGGUGGUUGACCAAAGACAUUGCUGUAUGAUCCAUGUAUUGGUAGCUCAUGUACAAUGAGUAUGGGACACACUAUCACCACUGUCAUUAACAGACUCCAUUCUUGGCAGCUUCAGCAUUGGGGCUGAGGAUUAAUAGGCCUGGAAAACUGAUAUGACCUCUCGCUACUAAAGGUUAUUACCAUUUCUUGUCAAGACAGACUCAUAGGUGCCUGGGAUGUGGGGACAGGCUGCUUUGUGCCUGACUAAUACUAUGCUUAACGAAAAGGAUUUCAAUUUCUAUUUCAAGUUCUGUUAAUUAGGCCCUUUUCACUAGCACUAAAGUCAUGUAAAAAUACAAAAACUAUUGAUUUUAAGUUUUGUUUUUCUUUUUUACAAACAGAUCUGUAAAUACUGUCAGUAAAAAGAGACAAGAAUUGAA